GGGAUGGGCGGCGCGGGACCGAGCGAGCGGCCCAGCGUUGGCCGGGUAACCCCUAUCUGAGCUGCGGCCGGGAGCUGCCGACCUCCGGGGCGCGCGAGCCUGGGGUCCGGGAGGCGCGGCGAUGACCUGAUCCCGAGCCCUGCCAGGGCGCCCGUCCCUCGCUGCCCCGGCUCGCUCGGAGCCCGCGUGGAGACCGGCUCGGUGCGGCGGCCCGGAGCGCACGGUGGCAGCUAGCACCGGUGAAAGGCGUGUGGGCGCCGAGCUGGGGAGGACACCUUCGGCAGCUCUGCCUUUGGAGGGGCUUCUGUAAACUACUGAGUCAUUCCAGAUCUAGGAUUUUCCUAAAUAAUCACCAACUGUGCCCGUCUCCUGCCGGAACGCAGGCAGAGAGAGAGAGCGCGAGCGAGGGCGCUAGCUCUCGGGACCCCGCGGAUCCCCAGGGUGCUUGGCCCUCGAGGAUCUCCCUCCCUCCCACUGCUCCUCCCCCGCAUCCCCUCGUCUCCCGCUCUCUUUGCAGUGUUUCUGGAGGAGAAGCGCGCUCACCGCAGCUGCAAACAGCUGCCCCCGCCCCGCGCCCCUACCCCGAGUCUGGCUAACCGCUCCCAUUUCUCGCCUCUUGGAAUUCCAGAAGUGGGGAGGCCGGCCCCCCCGCCCCGGGAGAACCGCAGCCGGUGCGAUGCUUUCCGUAGACCUCACCCAGCUGGGACGGACCUCCUAAUCUUCAGAACCGCGGGCCACAGGGAGUUAAAUUGCUGCCUUUCCCUUCUCUGUCGCGGUUGGUGGUUCGUUUUCUAAAGGAACGUUUUAUUCACUUUUUAGUAUAUAUAUAUAUUUCAAGCCAGGGGCACGCAUCUCGCCUCGCUUCAGACUCUGCCUUGUAAACGGGUUUUCAAUGUAUUUAUGUGUAGGUAUACUUUGGACACCUUACAACGCUUGCGCCUCUCCAACCGGGGCACAGCUUGUUAUUUUGGACAUCUUUCCCCCCUUUCCGCUUGGUACCCUGAACGCAGUGUGACCAAACUCUCCACUGCCCUUUGGACGUGGAUCGCCUUGGCGUGCAAGUUUGGGGUGCAAACGUCUACUUCGCAGGAAGGCCUGGGACCGCCCCGCCCCCGCCGCCAGUGGUUGGGGAAGUUUACAUCUGGAUUUUCACACAUUUUGUUACCACUGCCCAGACUCCGACUAACAUUGUGGGCUCCAGAUUUUCGAUACUGCGACCGUUUCAAACGUUAGCACUGCCUCCCCGCUCCUGCCCUAUUCCUUCAGGCCCCCCGAGGUCCUGCCCUCAUCCCGGCGGAGCACAAACCCGAGGGCGCAGUGGAGCCCGGGGCCUCGGGCCCGCGCUGAGCAGCUAUGGCUGCGGCGAUAGCCAGCUCCUUGAUCCGGCAGAAGCGGCAGGCGAGGGAGUCCAACAGCGACCGGGUGUCUGCCUCCAAGCGCCGCUCCAGCCCCAGCAAAGACGGGCGCUCCCUGUGCGAGAGGCAUGUCCUCGGGGUGUUCAGCAAAGUGCGCUUCUGCAGCGGCCGCAAGAGGCCGGUGAGGCGGAGACCAGAACCCCAGCUGAAAGGGAUUGUGACAAGGUUAUUCAGCCAGCAGGGAUAUUUCCUGCAGAUGCAUCCAGAUGGUACCAUUGAUGGGACCAAGGACGAAAACAGCGACUACACCCUCUUCAAUCUAAUUCCUGUGGGACUGCGUGUGGUGGCCAUCCAAGGGGUGAAAGCCAGCCUCUACGUGGCCAUGAAUGGGGAAGGUUAUCUCUACAGCUCAGAUGUUUUUACUCCAGAAUGCAAAUUUAAGGAGUCUGUGUUUGAAAACUACUAUGUGAUCUAUUCUUCAACCCUGUAUCGCCAGCAGGAGUCAGGCCGUGCAUGGUUUCUAGGACUCAACAAAGAAGGUCAAAUCAUGAAGGGGAACAGAGUGAAGAAAACUAAACCCUCCUCUCAUUUUGUACCAAAACCUAUUGAAGUGUGUAUGUACAGAGAACCAUCACUACAUGAAAUUGGAGAAAAGCAAGGACGUUCGAGGAAAAGUUCGGGAACACCCACCAUGAAUGGAGGCAAAGUCGUGAAUCAAGAUUCUACAUAGCUGAGAACUUGUCUUAUUGUCCCUCUCCUCCCUCUCCCUUCUUCUCUCCUCCCUCUUCCCAUUUUCUCCAAUAAAUUCACCCAACAAGAGAAAAAAAUAAAUAAAACAGCAUCACAGGACUUAGUAGCUGAGAUUCUGCACUCGAAAUCUUCCUUUGUGUAGGACAAGAAAAUUGAACCAAAGCUUGCCUGUUGCAAUGUGGUAGAAAAUUCACAUGCAUAAAAAUUAUUGCACAUAAAAGAAAAGGAAAAAAAUAAAUCAGGACUCCACAAACAUUAAAUUUAACUGAGUUGUUAUUAACAGAGGGCUAAUUGUAAUGAAGACACGACUAUAAUGCAAACAAAAUGCAGUCACUGAAUGAAUGGAAAGGUUUUGAGAAAGCCACUAAAACUGUUGUUGAACUGUAAAUUCUUUUAAGUUCUAGAGAAUUCUGUGAUGUGCGGUUUUGUUUCAUCUUUGUAUUUCUUUAGACUUCUGAAAGUUGUACACAACUACAUCCUGCUUCUAGGAUAUUAUUUUAAUCAUAAAAUUGAAGAUGUCAAAAUUAUAUUAUUCUAAUGUCUAUCCGACAUAUAGCCAGGGGCCAUUUAGCAUGAAGAAAAGUUUUAAAUGUUAUUCUUGAUGUUGAUAAUAUAUUUUUAUUUUAGUAAAGGAAAAUUUUGUGUUGAAUUUAAUCACAUCAGCUGAUUUAAUUCCUUUGUAAAGAGUUUUACAUUCUUCAAUGAGAAUGUUAUAUUUUUUAUCUAGGUAGUGAUCUGGGAUUUCAUUAUUUUUUUAGACAUUUAGUAAAAAAAAAAGGCUUUUAUUGUAUUACUGAGGAAACUUAGGGAAUCCUCUCCACCUGGUGAAGAAGCACAGGCUCCUUGCUUUCUUGAUUCAGUCUUAGUGUUUAUUUGUGGGUAUCUUUGAGUGUGUACAUGUGUGUCUAGAUGUCAAAAAAAGUUGGUUUUUUUUCUGUUUGUUGCUUUUUGUUUUGUUUUUACCAUAAUUUGCAACAGGAGAGAAGGAAGACGGGUUUUACAGAAGGAAAUAAGUCUGAGACAUAGAGUCAAAGCAAAUUUAAAUUGCAUUUUUUACGUUGUCAGAAUUUUGCUUGUAGAUUGUUUUCCAAACUCUAUGAGAAAUUUAGAGGGCAUGGCUGUGAAAUUCCUUACUUAUCAUCUAUGAAUCCAGUGGCUUGUUUGCUGGAAUUAUCUACACAGAUAAGCCCAGUUUGCAAUAAUUCUAUGUUCUAGAAAAACAGAAGGUAACUAGUCAAACAUGGACAUUUCAAGAGACAGGGAGAGGAAAAAAAUGUGGAAGUGACAGCUUUGAUUCCAAUACAUAGGGUUUUGUGGGUGGGUUUGUACAGUAACAAAAAAAAAAAAAAACAAAAAAAAAAAAAACACAAACCACCA